UUCACUAAACCCGAGAAUCGAGGCCUCUAAUCGCCGUCUCUCUCGUGCCUUCUUCACCUCUUUACUCAUAGGAAAUUCUGUCUCUGCAACUCUCAAGAACCUAACCCUAGUUUCUCUUUUUCUUCCAUUAAUGGAGCUUCGUUCCCAUAGAAGGAAACCCGAUUCCAUUCCUGAUGCAGGAAAUGAACAUCAAAGCGAAGAUGACUCUAAUGGGGAGAAGCCCAAUAGCUCUGACGAAGAAAUUUACAUGGGGUUAUCUUCAGAAUCUGAUGACGAUGACCCUACUGAUGAAGGUGAAGAUAGCUACAACAAGUCUUCGAAAAGGAGGAAGGUGGGAAGAAAGAAAAAUUCUAAAGUAGAGAUAACAGGUGAUGGCGAAGACCAUGAGAUAACAGGUGAUGGCGAAGACCAUGCUAUUCAACAAAAUGGCAAUCUUGGGGUGAACAAAAAGAAGGGUAGGUCAAAAAAGCAAAAGUCAAUCUGGCUGUGGAAUACUUUGGAAGACGAGCAUGAGAGAUGGAUUGAUGAGAACAUAGCGAAAGAUUUUGAUUUAGAUAAACAGAAUGAAAUAGUGACUGAAACUGCGGAAAGCUCAUCUGAUCUGAUUGUGGAUUUGUUGAGGUAUCAAAAGGAGUGGUUGGCCUGGGCUUUGAAACAAGAAAGUUCUUUAGCUAGAGGUGGAAUCCUUGCAGAUGAAAUGGGAAUGGGGAAGACCCUCCAAGCAAUUGCCCUCGUUCUUGCCAAAAGAGAAUUACGCAAGGCAACUUGUGAACCAAUUGGAGCAAGCUCAUCUACAAGCUUGUCUGGAAUUAAAGCUACCCUUGUAAUAUGUCCUGUGGUUGCUGUGAGCCAGUGGGUAGGUGAGAUAGAAAGGUUUACUUCGAAGGGGAGCACAAAGGUUUUGGUUUAUCAUGGCACCAAUAGAGAGAAAAAUUUUCAACACUUUUCAGAGUAUGAUUUCGUCAUAACUACGUAUUCCAUUGUUGAAGGCGAGUACAGAAAGUGCAUAAUGCCUCCAAAAGAGAGAUGCUCUUACUGUGGCAAGAUGUUCGCUAAGAGAAGGAUGUGGGUACACUUAACAUAUUAUUGUGGGCCCAAUGCUGUUAAAACUGAGAAGCAAUCUAAGCAACAAAGGAAGAACCCAAAAUCUAUAGCCUCAACAUCAAAGCUGGAUUCUAAAUCUUCUAAAGGCAAGACAAUAAAGCAAUACAAGAAGAAAGCUGAUGUGGAUUUGGAUCUUGAUAGUGAGGAAGCCAGGGGAAAAUCACUUUUGCAUGCAGUGAAGUGGGACCGUAUCAUUUUGGAUGAGGCGCAUUAUAUAAAAUCUCGACAAUGUAAUACUUUCAAAGCUGUUCUUGCUUUGGAGUCCACAUACAGAUGGGCUUUAAGUGGUACUCCCAUUCAAAAUCGUGUUGGAGAACUGUACUCUUUGGUCCGCUUUCUGCAAAUAAUCCCAUAUUCAUAUUUUUUUUGUAAAGACUGUAAUUGCUCGGUUCUUGAUCAUAGUUCCUCAACACAGUGUCCAAACUGCCCUCAUAAAUCAGUUAGGCAUUUUUGUUGGUGGAAUAAGUAUGUGGCUAAGCCAAUACAAUCAGAAGCAAAUCUAGACUCAGGAAGAAGGGCCAUGAUUUUGUUAAAACACAAAGUAUUAAAGAGCAUUGUGCUGCGGCGAACUAAGAAGGGCAGGGCUGCUGAUCUUGCACUCCCUCCAAGAAUUGUGUCAUUGAGGAAGGACUCGUUGGAUGUUAGAGAGCAGGACUAUUAUCAGUCAGUGUACAAUGAUAGUCAGGCGCAAUUUAACACAUAUGUCAAAGCAGGAACAGUGAUGAAUAAUUACGCUCACAUAUUUGACCUUCUCACACGUUUGCGCCAGUCAGUUGACCAUCCUUACCUCGUGGUAUAUUCUCCGACUUCUGCUAUGCGGAAUGCAAGCAUGGUGGAUACUGCUAAGAUUGAACGAGUUUGCGGCAUUUGUCAUGACCCAGCAGAAGAUCAUGUGGUUACUUCUUGUGAACACAUCUUUUGCAAGGCUUGUUUGCUUGAUUAUUCUGAUUCCUUGGGAGAAGUCUCGUGCCCUUCAUGCUCAAAAUUGCUUACUGUUGAUUUCACAACAAAUCCAGAUACCACCAAUAAGACUAGUAAAACUACCGUUAAGGGCUUUAGGUCGUCGAGUAUUUUAAACAGAAUUGAACUUGACAAGUUUCAAACGAGCACAAAGAUAGAGGCUCUGAGGGAAGAAAUCAGAUUCAUGGUCGAGGGGGAUGGUUCUGCCAAAGGAAUAGUUUUCAGCCAGUUCACAUCAUUCUUGGAUCUCAUAAACUACUCUUUGCAGAAGUCUGGUAUAAAAUGUGUUCAGUUGGUUGGAAGCAUGACUUUGAAUGCCAGAGAUGCUGCUAUUAAGAAAUUCACUGAGGAUCCAGAUUGCAGGAUUUUCCUCAUGAGUUUGAAAGCUGGUGGUGUUGCUCUCAAUCUCACCGUCGCAUCACACGUGUUCUUGAUGGACCCCUGGUGGAAUCCAGCUGUAGAGCGGCAAGCACAAGAUAGAAUCCACCGAAUAGGGCAGUAUAAACCAAUCAGAAUUGUGAGAUUCGUGAUUGAGAAUUCAAUCGAGGAGAGGAUUCUCAAGCUGCAAGAUAAGAAGGAACUAGUGUUUGAAGGGACUGUAGGUGGUUCCUCAGAGGCUCUGGGAAAAUUGACUGAAGCAGACAUGAGAUUUCUUUUUAUAACGUGAGAAUUAUCCCCCACAUGAUCCGAGGAAGAAGAUCUACUAUUUUGUGACCUGUUUAUGUCUCUUACAGAACAAGAUGCUGCUUUUUGAGAUUUGCAAGCAUAUGAAGCAUCCAAGUAGAAAAUGACUACUUCUGAAGUAUAUCAAAAUUCCAAUGGGCAAAAUACAAAGUAGUUUUUUUUCGUAGUUUAAAU